AUGAUUUCUAAAACUUUUACCUUACUUAUAUUAUGCUUAUACUUUUUAGUAUCCAAUUGUUAUGUUAAAAGAGAUACUGCUGUUUUAAUUGGAAAUGCUUUUGGUAACUUUAGAGAUGGUUGUUUUCCAAAAGCAAGUGGUGGAUGUAAAUGUAGUAUUAAUAUUGAUGGCAAUGAACGUGAAGAAGUUUUUAAUAGUGUUGAUGAUUGUAAAAAACCAAUUGAAGUACAAACAGCAGAAAAUAAAAUUGAAUUAAAUAAAGAAUUUAAAAAAGUUGCUGGAAAUUUGAAAGAAAAUUGUUUUCCAAAACCAUCUGGUGGGUGUAAAUGUAAUGAAAAAGAUAAUAAUGGAAAUGAAAAAGUUGUUACAUAUGAUGAUAUUACACAAUGCCGUGAAGAUGAAAAACGUGUAAAAAGAAGAGUUCAAUAUGGAAAAUAUAAAUCAAAUUGUGUUGCUAAAUCUAAUGGUGGAUGUGUUUGUACAAUUAAAAAAUCAGGUCUCGAUACAACUCAAACAUAUACUAAGGAUUCUGAUUGUAAAGAAAUUGAAGAACCAGUUGAUCCAGUUGCAGAAAAAGCUAAAGCCAAUUAUGCUAAAGUUAUUCAAGAACUUAAAACAAAAUUCGCCGGUUUACGUGAAAAUUGUUUCCCAAGACCAAAAGGAUGUAUGUGUAUUAUUGGAAAAGAUUCUUUAGGUCAUGAAAUUACACAAAAACGUUGGACAGAUGCUGAAUGCAAAUGUGCUGAAGGAGAAAUAAGCAAAGAAUGUCCUGUUAAAAAUUAA